CUUGAUUAUUAAACAAGUCUCUCUGGAAAAACUCAAAACGGCGGGGAUUAUGUGACGGGCGACUGUUCUCAAUCACGUCCGUCCAAAUUGUCAGACUUAGCACAUCCCGGUGUCCCGCCGUGGUUUCCAUGCAACCGGCAUCGACCUCUUUUCCGGCGCCUUCCUACUCGAUGAGACGAGAAAGACGACCUGACGGCUUUCGAUUGUUGUUGGUGUUCCCCGGCCGCUGGGGCGGGAUGUCUGUUCUCAACCUUCUGCGACCAAUGACUCGUCAGUAGUCACCGUAGAUAGGUGUGCCGCACGCCGUGCGGAGUCCGUCGUCGGAGUUUCACUACCAACUCCUCCUCUGCGUCGGUGAGCGCGACUUCGAGGGUGGAUAGCUAGCCAAUAUCGAAGAAGGAAGUAAGAGAAUCGAAUGGCCCGGACGUACUAUCACCGCCGGCAUCGCUAGUAUAAAUUGAAAUCCAAAGAACUAUAUAAGGUGCCCGGCUUGUUGUCGAUUUCAAAAUCCAGAUCAAAAAGACAUCGAGAAGCACCCAUAGUAACCAAAGAAUCCAUUGAACAAACACCAUGCCCAAAACACUCGAACAACAGUUUUCGGAGCUCACGAAAGCGGGCCGAAUUGAAGAGGCCGCUGUCAUUGCUGUCUUUGAUCAGCUUAAAGCCAUCCCCCCCGAGUUUAUGCUGGGCAAGUGGGACGGAUUCCCCAUCGACACCAGCCAUACUGCCACUCAACAGCCAUUCAAAUGGGCUGGCAAGGACUUCCGAUCUCUCGACGAUGUCGACCCUGUGAUGGUGUGGGGAGAAGACGGCAGCCGGACUUGGAAUGCUGAUUUCGGCCAUGCACAGGUACGCGAAAUCAAGUAUCGCGGUCUCCUCACUGCCGGGAUGAUCUACGACGACUUCCCACGCAUUGAUUCCUUCCGGUUUGUGGACGAAAACACUGUGCUCGGCGCCAUGGAGGACAAGAACAUUGAAAACAACCGGCCGGUGUGGUUUUACAUGAGGAGGAUGUGAAGUCGCAAUCCACAGGACUAGAGUAGGGGCAUAGCAAGGUGGAAAUCCAUGUUUGAAUGUGCAUA